GGGACUGCAUUAACAAAUAACUAUGGAAGAAGCCUCUGCAGGUGUACGGACAAAGGGCCAAAGCUUCAAAAGUAUUUGCUCAAUGUUACUCGUCGUAGGAGCAAACUCCGUUAUCGUGUGUUUGCUGAAAGCAGUGUUUAGUUGCUUGACUAGAUAGAUAUCAAUGAGUUAGCAAUUAAGGCUCGGCAGAUUAAAAGGAUUUAAUAUAUGCUGUAUGAAUAAUUAACUCAAUUCUAAGCGAAAACUUUGCUUGCGUUCGUUAUCUUUGGAAUGUAAAUGGAACAAAGGUAUUGUUGUAUUAGGCUAUUUAAUAAAGAUAUGGCUCGUUGGGUAGAAUUUAUAAGUCUGGGAGUAUAGCAGCUAUUAUAUGGUUGACCAGCAAUCACUCCAAGGUUACGAAUGUCGCAAUACACGCAAAUAGGGAUCAUAUUCCUCCUUCUUUCGGAAUUAUGCCCUGCAGGCCAAGCCGGAAACAGUAACCAAUGCGCAAUUGGGGAUAGAUAUUGUCCGUCGCCAUGCAAACUUGCAAGAGAGAUUCGCAGAUUGAGCCACAGAAUGUACGAAAGGAAAAUACAAGACACUGAUGAUUUAGAAAGAUGUCAGGCGACUAUCCAAUUAGCGAAACGGGAAUGGAAUGUACCAACGAAAACAAAGUCGUGUGUGAAAGCAAUACGAGAUUCUAUAACCGCAGUCGGCCGAAGAAGUACAGAUGUACAGAACAUAGUGAAACGGUUACAAUAUGCAACUCGUAUUCAGAUCCAGGAGAUAAAUCGACUGCAAGAUGAACUUGUACAACAACAACUCUCAGCAAGUGUGCUGGAUUCUGAGCAGCAGAACACAGAAACACACUGUCAGAGAUACUGCAGAACUAGUGGAGCAUCUUUUUCAUGUUCUGGGACCACAUGUGCAGAAGUGAAUGAAGAAGAGAGCAAUGCUGAAGGCACAUGUGUGCUGCAACAAGCACCAACUGGAAUAGACUGUGCCAACUUGUACAGCACGGGACAGAGAGUCAGUGGCCUUUAUUCUAUCCGACCAGUCAGUGGACCACGGUUUAACGUUUACUGUGAUAUGGCGACAGAUGGAGGUGGGUGGACAGUUGUACAAAGAAGGACAAAUGGCGAACUUGACUUUGAUCGAAACUGGGAGGAUUACAGAACUGGUUUUGGAACAGACGCUGCUAAAUGUGACAGAGAAUUUUGGCUCGGCAAUGAACACCUAGUUGGGUUGACAAGCAACAAUUUUUUGACAGUGAGGUUCGAAAUAACUGACUGGCAGGACCAAACGCGGGUUGCUGAGUAUUACUACUUUCGCGUGAACAACGACAGAAAGUUUACAGUGCAGAUUUCACAAUAUCAAGAAAGUAAAAGCAAUCUUUCGGAUUCUAUAACUGGCUGGGGAUACCCUGGUGCUCAUCGUAAAAACCCAAAUAAUAUGAAGUUUACAACAAGGGAUAACGACAACGAUUUAAAUGAAACUGGCAACUGUGCGCAUCUUUAUGCUGGUAGACAUGGUUCUGGUGGUUGGUGGUACAACUCAUGCAUGGCGGCAAAUAUUAACGGACAUUAUUAUCAUGGUGGGGCAUACAACAGAGAAGGAAUAGUAGAUGGAGAUGGGAUAAUGUGGCCAACAUGGGCGGGCAUCUCAUAUUCAAUGAAGGGGACAGAAAUGAAAGUCAGACCUCACGAUUUCAGUCAAAAGUUUCCAACUGAUCUGGUCAACUCACAAAGCACUGAAGAGUCGAUUCAUUGUGAUUCAGAAAGAUGGGGAGAGCUCUGCCCAAAUGAAUGCCUUUUGCAAUCGAUGAAUGAGGAUAUUGUAGCAACUGCAAUGGAACAGUUCCAGCAAUUGGAUCAAAGGGUUUCUGAAGUAAAUGAGCAAUGGAAAAGCCUUGAAAGAGAAGUAGCAUCAUAUGAUAGACUCAAAGCAAACCUAACAAAUGCAAUUUAUCGUCGCAUUGAAAAUCUUUACCAAACUGUGAAUGCAACGAUGGAAGAGAUAAGAGUGUCACAGACAGUAUCAGAAGAAAUAUCUGUGAAUGCCAAUCAAGUUAUUGCUGAUUUGAAGGUGGUACAUGAUCAACUGACUAACAUACAUAUCAAUCUAUCGGAGUGGUAUGACAGAUGUGGUAUUGGAGACGACACUCUGCUUAUGCAGGAAUGUAAGUUACCAGUAGUUACAGGAAGAGAUUGUGCGGAUAUUCAUGCGAAAGGUGGAAGAGAAAGUGGAGUUUAUUUAAUCAAGCCAGAUAUCUUACCCACCCCAUUGCGGGUAUAUUGUGAUAUGGAUGAUGCUGGAGGUGGCUGGACAGUGAUACAACGCAGGUUUGAUGGCACACUUGACUUUAGUAGGACUUGGCAAGAAUACAAACAAGGCUUUGGACAAUGGGGAUGCGACUUUGUGGAUGAAUUUUGGCUCGGAAACGAAUAUAUAUAUGCGUUAACAGCGCAAGACAAACAACAACUAAAAGUUGACUUGGUGUCAUGGCAAAAUGAAUCAAGAUACGCAUGGUACAGCUACUUUAAACUUGGAGAUGAAGCUUCAAGGUACAGGUUACGAUACAUUGAGAAUUACCGCCGACACCCGGUACAAAACAUAGGAGAUGCAUUUCGUGGACAUUCCAUUACAGAUUCAGCUGAAGGCAGGGAACAAACUGAUCACAAGUCAAUGCAGUUUACAACUAAAGACAAGGACAAUGAUAACUAUGCAGCAAACUGCGCAGCUGGAGAUAGUGGUGGAUGGUGGUUUAAUAGAUGUUCGGCUGCAAAUCUUAAUGCAAAGUGGUAUGAAGGAGGCAUACAUACACCAGAGGAAAGCUCUACAGGUUAUUAUGAUGAUGGGAUACUGUGGGCAACAUGGAAGGGAAGAUGGGAAACAUUGAAAGAAACAUCAAUGAAGAUUCGGCCAUUAGGAUUCGAUUCUUCACAAACAAGACAUUGAAUGGAGAGAAACUCAGAAUACAAGCAGAGAAUCAGUACAUUAUGUGACAAUGA